AUGGAUGCCUACUGCAAGGAGAUACGUAAGCUCGAGGCUCACUUCUACAGCCUGGAGUUUCACCACGUCCUCUGGGACUACAACGUGGCAGCCGACGUACUCUCCAAUCUGGCCUCCAAGCGGGCACUCGUCCCAGCCGAAGUUUUUGUACAGGCUCUCAACUCCCCCAUAGUCAAGAUCGAGGAGGAACCUCCUACUAAGCCUGAUCUAGCGCAAACCCUAGGCCAGGAAGUACUGGUGGCCGAUCCAGAUUGGCGAGCUCCGAUACUCGACUUCAUCAUCAACAACAAGUCCUAUCCGGAGGACAAGGAGCACGAGCGACUCACCCACCGAGCCACAAACUACGUUGUCAUCAGAACCGAGUUGUUCAGGCACUCAGCCUCCUCAGGAACUCUCUCCAAGUACAUCUCCCAGCAAGACAGAGUCCGACUCCUUGGCGAGAUCCACUCAGGAAUCUGCGGUAACCACGCAGGAGCAUCAACCCUGGUUGGCAAAGCCUUCACAUCAGGAUUCUACUGGCCGACAGCCCUGGUCGACGCCUAG